CUGAUUUCUCCAAGAUGGCUGCUUGGAAACUCCGCAUCCUUUUCCACGUGACCCAAACACCUGAUCUUCCAAAGAUGGCGGCCCCCUACCCUCCCUGAUCAGUCCCCGCCCGGCUCUGUUCCUUCUGUCUUGUCCGUCGCUCUCGGUUUCGGAUCUCCCCUGAUAUGAUCUGCUGGCGGUAAUCAGGGGACCCCAGGCCAUGGAGGAAUCGGUGGAAGAUGCUGGAGGGACACCCACCCUUUUUGAGAUCUGUGCCAGGGCAGUGACAGCCAACAUGGAGACCCUAGAGCAGGAUGUUUGGGGGCUGCCGGCUGUGAUCCUACAGGGAAUUCUGCCUCUGUUAAACAUUUACUAUCUGGAGAGAAUAGAACAGGCGGCUGUUAAGAAAGGUCUUUCAACUCAAUCUAUCUGGCGCAAACUCUGGAAUGAUGUCAUGAAAUGCAAGCCAUCAAGAUUUGGGACUGUAACAUGUUGGCGGAAGAAGUUCCUGGAAGCCUUUUUUCAUAACGUACUGCGCGGAAUCCUUGAUGUUUCUUCUGACCGGCGUCUGAGUGAUCAUCGCUUCUCUCCCUUGGUGCACAGUUCCCGUCACGUGUCUGAGCUUACCAUCUGUAACAAACAGCAAGGGGUGUCUGAACUGACACCGGCAGUACUGGAGAGCCUUGCUCAGUCUGUGGAAACCCUGAAAUUCCUUCACCUGCGUUCUUCUGACUUGACUACCCAAAAAUCACUGAGGUCACUUCUGCACCGUCUUAUCCACCAUGGCCAGGUCAACAAGGUGUCACUGCUCUCCUGGCCUUCUCCUGACACCAAUCUCCUAGUUCUGAUCCUCAGUAUCAGUGCUGGGUUUUGGCAAAAGCAUAAAAAUUCCCAGUGUGUUUUUUGCUUAAAGAAACCAAGGAACGGAAGCAGCGAGGUUGCCCAGGAGCAGAGACUAGACUCCGACCUUCUGCAAGCUGCCUGCACUACAAACUUCUCUGGAAUACAUUCAGGGCAGAGUGUGGAAGAGGAGGUGAGCAGCCAAAGUGCCUUGCUAAGCCUACAGCCCCUUAACAUCAACCAGAACGUUUCAACCAACCUUCCUGAGUGCAACAUUGCUGGAGAGACACAGUCUUCAGUGCUUAGGGUACCUGGAAAUUGCCAGACCAAGAAAGUGACAUGUCGUUCAUCUUCGCUGCCUUCCACUGCUUCUGAAUCUACCUCAAUAAAAAAUCUCAAGACUGGUGCAAACUUCCAGGGCAACUUCAGAUCAGAGCCAGAAGAUUUGUAUGACUUUAUUUUUAGUGUUUCUGGCAAAGAAGAAGGAAAAGCAUUGGACAUAAGUAAUGGAUAUAGGGAAAGUGCCAACAGAAAUCCCCCAGAACUUGCUGCUGUGCACUUGCCGGACAUUGUGGCUCCCAUGGAGCAAAGACGCAUUGAAAUGCCAUUUCUUGAUGGUGCUCAGCGUUUAAGGAGUGUCAAGGCCCUGAAUUUGCACAAUGUUCCCCUAAGUUUAAGUUCCUGUCGCACUCUGUGCCAUCUUCUCCGUUCCUGGGUGUCAUUGGAAAGGCUUACCAUGGCAUACAAUGAUCUCGGUACCAAUAUCUUCCUGUUGGUUGAGGCACUAACGGCGCUAUCUCGCUGCCCUGGCUGCUGUCUCAGUGUGAUCUCAAUGAGCGAUUUCACAACCUAUGUUUCUACUCUGGAUUUGGUGCACAUAAUUCUCACCAUGUUCCCGUCACUACAGCUUCUGUCACUAAGUUAUGACCUGGAGAACCACAACGAGAAGGAAAAAUCUGAUGACAGCCCAACAGAAUUCAGAGAGAAUAAUUUAAAGCAAUUGGAGAUCAGAUUUCCCCAAGAUCCUUUGCAUGUCGGGCUCCUAACAUCCGUGUUAAAGGCUUCCCUCUCCCUGCUGGAGCUCUCGUUUGACAACGCUACAUUUCUCUGUCAGGAGGAUCUGCGAUGUGUGCUGCGUACAAUUGCAGAACAUAAUACAUCAAUGAGGCGAUUAAGUUUCCAUGAUAUGAAGCUGACAGACGCACACAGUGAAAUUCUACUCUUGAUAAACAAGCUGAGUCUUGAAGAAGUGAAAUUUUCAUUCUGUCGUCUGUUUGAAAAAGACACCAGUGAAUUCCUGAUUCAGUUUGUCAACUCACUGAAGAGAAACUCGUCUAUAAAAAUCUUAAAGCUGUGUGGGAAUCGCCUUGGGAAUGACGGUCUAGCAGAGCUGGCAGAUAUAUAUUCCGCUGAUUCACUGUCUUCUAUUCACUACUUGGAUGUCAGCUCGAACUGUAUUAAGCCAGAGGGGCUGCUUCAGUUUGCAAAGAAGUUAGAAGGAUGCGGAAAGAUUAAGCUGCGGCACUUGUCUCUGUCCCAAAACCUGUUGGACCGUGACCCGAUGUUGGCCCAGGAAGCACUACAGACUCUGGAGGGUGUGUGCUCUGUAUUCAGCGACAGCUGGAACUCUUCUCAAGCCUUUGCUGAUCAUGUCAGUGUCAUGUAAUGACUGUUUCUUCCUGUACGUCUUAUUGUAAAGUUUGGUGCAUGCAGUAUAUGCAACGUGUGUUGGGCUCUGGGGUGUGAUCACCAUAUAAAUAUUCAAUCCAAUACACAAAGCUGCCCGCAUGAAUGUUUUACAAAAACCCGGGCUACUCUGUUCCCCUAGGAUAGCCCGCGCCAGUGCAUGCGUUGCGUUGCCCAGGACUCAUUCGCGCACCAGUGUUGUACAAAGCACAGAUGUGUUGGAUUUUUCCUCUGUUUACGCACUUUUAUAAAAAGCAAUGUAAAUAUUCUCUUACUAUUCUAAAGUUCAAAAUAAUCAGGUAUUAAAUACCUCCUGCCUGCCUGCAAGCUACGCCUGAUUAUAGCGGUGUGACAAAGAGACCAGACGCACGUUGUAAAAACAGAAUCAUUUGCUGAGUUAGCAUUGUUUGCCCAGAUUACAAGUAGAUAUAUCUGUAAAUAUAUAUUAACAUUUUUAUUUAAAAUAAUUUGAAUUAUUUUCACACUGUUGUUCUCAAGGUUUAGAAGACACUGAACUGGACACUAAAAUGUUUUGCGGAAUUAGCUAAAUCUGUUCUGAGGUUUUCCAUAGCAGUUGUAUUUCCUUUGUAAAGUGAUCAUAUGGCCUAUAAAUGUGUUUUAUUCUUA